CUUAUUAAAUAGAUCUGAUAUGUAAAUAAAUAUCCAAGUAAGCUGUCAACCUGGUAAUCAACGGCGAAAAACUCACUCAGAGAAAAUGAAUCUGCAAUUGGUGGUGUUUCUCCAGCUAUCCUUGGCAUGUAUGGUGAUCCUGGGCACUACAACGGUCCAGGAAUCGGAAAACCAAUUCAAUGCAACAUCAAACAAUUGCACCACACAUACAACGUGCAACGACUGUCUGAAAACUGCAGGCUGUGCGUUCUUCUCCUGCAAACUACCAGGAGAUGAUAAGAAGUGCAAUCAGAAUGUGACAGUUGAGCAGCUGUGUAAUGGCAAUGCAUCCGCCCCUAUCGAAUACACUCAAAAAUGUUUGUCUGGAAAUGAAACUGAAGUCGGCGAGAACAAAAACGACAACCCAGUUGAUGAAUUAGGAGACGAUGGGGGUAAAGAGGUGGAUCAGAAACAGCAGCCCAAAUACAGAGCCACUCAGCACUUUGAUCUGGCCUCGUUUGUGGGGGGCAUAGCACUCUCGGUCUGCCUGUCGGGUAUUAUAUUCAUCAUAUACAAACUAUGGCAGUCCAAGAAUCAGGUCAACUAUGCGAGUGUGGAUGGAAAAAGCCAAUACUAGUAGCGAACCAACAUCGCAAAAAAGAACACCAGGACAUGACAAGUCUAGAAUGAUAUAACAAUUAUGGUCACAAAAAGCAAAAAGACUUCAUAUCAAGAACAAAAGUGCAUGCAUAAAUGUAAAAACACGCGGAAAAAGAUUUUAAAUGAAAGCCUUUUAGUAAAGUUUGUGAUUAGUCCCUUGCAAUAUUUGUCAUUUCAUGCUUCAUUGUCAUAUGGUGCAUUAUUAUCAUCGGUAUGUUGUCAGAUUGGUAUGUGACGAUUUAGCGGCAAUGAUGGAGAAAAUCAAUAAAGCAUUGUAACGACAAAUCAUUGUCUCAGUUUACUGUCAUUACGUCACUUGCGAUUUGAGCUAUUUUACACCAUGAACGAACUUCAAAAUGGCGGUGUUUGUAUAUUUUUGCUUCUUUUGUAAUGAUGACGUUUAUGUUCAUUACUCACGGACUUUUUUUUAAAUUAGUUCAAAUCGCGCUGUUUCAAAAAAGAAUUUGUAUGCAUGAAUUUUUCAUGGUGUAAGUACCAAAUCUCUAAAUACAUCCUCCGCUAUUGCAAAAUUAAGAUGAAAUUGUCGCUAAGAAAAUUUCUUAACUCUUGAACUAGUCAUAAAGUGGAUUUCUUUUACUAGAUAACACAUGGGGAGAAAUAGUUAGAGAUCCGAAGAAUGUUGCAUGAAACCAUAUCAAUUUUGAGUUAGCAUGCUCAUAGAAGGCUUCUUACAGGUCUAUGAGCACAGAUCGCAGUUAAGAUAUCGGUGGUGCUUAUCAUUAAAUGUCUAUCCAUUAUGCAUAUUUGUUGGUAUCAAUUGCAAUUAUUUCCAAAUUAAAUGUGUAUAAAGUA